CAUUCCCAGCUCAAAGCCUUGUGGGUGUGCUCUCUGCCUUCACGCUUGCUUCCUUUGGAAGAGAACCUUCCUCUUCUUGAUCGGGGGUUCAGGCGGGAACCCAGGAGCAGAGGAAGUAGAGAUAGAGACAACAUGCUACAUCUGCACCAUUCUUGGUUGUGUUUCAGGAGCUGGCUGGCCGGGAUGCUCGCUGUGCUGCUAGCUUUGGCGCCAUCAGCUUCCAGCAACAUUUCCACCUCCCGACCGAACAUCCUUCUUCUGAUGGCAGACGACCUCGGCAUCGGGGACAUUGGCUGCUAUGGCAACAACACCAUGAGGACUCCAAAUAUUGACCGCCUUGCAGAGGACGGCGUGAGGCUGACCCAACACAUCUCUGCCGCAUCUUUGUGCACCCCAAGCAGAGCUGCCUUCCUCACGGGCAGAUACCCUGUUCGAUCAGGGAUGGUUUCCAGCAUUGGUUACCGUGUUCUUCAAUGGACUGGAGCAUCUGGAGGUCUUCCAACAAAUGAGACAACUUUUGCAAAAAUAUUGAAAGAGAAAGGCUAUGCCACUGGACUCGUAGGAAAAUGGCAUCUGGGUCUCAACUGUGAGUCAGCCAGCGAUCAUUGCCACCACCCCCUCCACCAUGGCUUUGACCAUUUCUACGGAAUGCCUUUCUCCUUGAUGGGUGAUUGCGCCCACUGGGAACUCUCAGAGAAGCGUGUCAACCUGGAACAAAAACUCAACUUCCUCUUCCAAGUCCUGGCCUUGGUUGCCCUCACUCUGGCAGCAGGGAAGCUCACACACCUGAUACCCGUCUCGUGGACGCCGGUCAUCUGGUCAGCCCUUUCGGCCGUCCUCCUCCUCGCAGGCUCCUAUUUUGUGGGUGCUCUGAUUGUCCAUGCCGAUUGCUUGCUGAUGAGAAACCACACCAUCACGGAGCAGCCCAUGCGCUUCCAGACAACGACACCUCUUAUUCUGCAGGAGGUCGCGUCCUUUCUCAAAAGGAAUAAGCAUGGGCCUUUCCUCCUCUUUGUUUCCUUUUUGCACGUCCACAUCCCUCUUAUCACUAUGGAGAACUUCCUCGGGAAGAGUCUCCACGGGCUGUAUGGGGACAACGUAGAGGAGAUGGACUGGAUGGUAGGACAGAUCCUUGACACUUUGGAUAUGGAAGGUUUGACCAACAGCACCCUCAUUUAUUUUACAUCAGAUCACGGGGGUUCCCUAGAGAAUCAACUUGGAAACAGCCAAUACGGUGGCUGGAAUGGAAUUUAUAAAGGUGGGAAGGGCAUGGGAGGAUGGGAAGGUGGGAUCCGCGUGCCCGGGAUCUUCCGCUGGCCCGGGGUGCUCCCGGCCGGCCAAGUGAUUGGCGAGCCCACAAGUCUGAUGGACGUGUUCCCCACCGUGGUCCAGCUGGCAGGCGGUGAGGUGCCCCAGGACAGAGUGAUUGACGGCCAAGACCUUCUGCCCUUGCUCCUGGGGACAGCCCAGCACUCAGACCAUGAGUUCCUGAUGCAUUAUUGUGAGGGGGUUCUGCAUGCAGCCAGGUGGCAUCAACGGGACAAAGGAACAAUGUGGAAAGUCCACUUUGUGACCCCGGUGUUCCAGCCAGAGGGAGCCGGUGCCUGCUAUGGAAGAAAAGUCUGCCCAUGCUUUGGGGAAAAAGUACUCCACCACGAUCCACCUUUGCUCUUUGACCUCUCAAGAGACCCUUCUGAGACCCACGUCCUCACACCAGCCUCAGAGCCUGUGUUCUAUCAGGUGAUGGAACGAGUCCAGCAGGCUGUGCGGGAACACCAGCGGACACUCAGCCCGGUUCCUCUGCAGCUGGACAGGCUGGGCAACAUCUGGAGACCGUGGCUGCAGCCCUGCUGUGGCCCAUUCCCCCUCUGCUGGUGCCUUAGGGAAGACGGCCCACAAUAAAUGUCUGCAAUGAAAAGCUGGA